AUGGCACCUCUCCGUGUUUCGAUCCUCGGCACCGGCCUGUCGCUGCAGGCGUUCCACUACCCGCUCAUCACCGCGCUGCCGGAACUCUAUGUCCUCCACUCAGUGAUGGAGCGCAGUGCGCGCGGUAAAGCGCAGGAGGUUUGCGGAAAGGAUAUCAAGGUCGUCAAGACUAUUGCAGAGGUCGUGGAGGACCCCGAGGUUGAUGUGGUUGUUGUUAGCACGCCCAAUAACACGCACUACCCCUUCGCUAAGGCAGCGCUCGAGCAUGGCAAGCAUGUCAUGGUCGAGAAGCCCGUUACGCCUACCGUUGCUGAGGCUGAGGAGCUCACAGCUCUCGCAAAGAGCAAGAACCUUGUGUUUUGCGUGUACCAGAACCGCCGGUGGGACGCUGAUUUCCUGACCCUCAAGAAGGUUCUCGCGGAGGGAAAGCUUGGUCCAGUCCACGAGUUCCACUCCCGCUUCGACCGCUACCGCCCUCUUCCAGCCGACCACAAGCCAGGAAGCUGGAAGGAGCUUCCCGGUCAGCACAACGAGGCGAUCUACAACCUCGGCUCACACGUUAUCGACCAAGCGAUCAACCUCUUCGGUGUCCCCGACAGCCUCGUGUGCAGGAACUACGACGAGCGCGGCCUGGGCCUCGAUGAGGCCUUCGAAAUGACCCUCCUGUACCCUCCGCAGCCCGGGGCCAAGUGCCCCUUGGCGGUCCAUGUCGGUGCGUCCGUUCUCGCAAGCACGCCCAAGCAGCUGCGCUACCUCGUCAAGGGCAUCAACGGGAGCUUUGAAAAGUUUGGUCUGGACCCGCAGGAACCAUUCCUGCGCGAGGGGAAGAAAGUACACGACCCGGGAUUCGGGGAAGAGGGCGAGGACGCGUGGGCGACUGUGAGCGUUUGCACCGACAGCAAGUGGACUACCGAGAAGCGCCCGAGCGAGAAGGGAUGGUACCCUGCCAUCUACGAGAACAUGUUCGAGGCUAUUACCAGCGGCGACACGUCCCGCCUGGCUGUGCAGCCCGAACAGGCUAUUUGGACGAUGCGCAUUAUUGAGAUGGGCAACACUUCUAGUCGCGAGGGGCGCUUCAUUGACGUCCAGAAGGAGGCGAGGAAGUAG